ACGGCAGGUGGAGGCGGUCCGGGGGAUCAAUGUGCAGUAAACAUGGCGCUCUCCAAGUACUCGGUGGGGGAGACCGGCCUGCCCAAGUGGCAGGUGGCCCUGGCCCUGGGCGGCACCCUGGCCGCCGGUGCCGCCCUCUACUACUACUGCUGCCUCAGACACCACCCCAAGGACGACCCCAAGACCAAGACGCCCGCGGCCGCCGCCCACGACGACGCCCUCACUCGCCCCUCUUCUACCCCUUCACACAACAUGACUCCAUUAGAAAAGGCACAAAGUUUCAAGAAUAAAGGAAACAAGUAUUUCAAAGGGGGUAAAUAUGCAGAAGCCAUCAAGUGCUAUAAUGAAGCCAUUGAAGCUUGUCCACCAGAGUGUCCAGUUGACUUGUCUACAUUCUACCAGAACCGAGCCGCGGCUUAUGAACAGCUGAAAAACUGGGAAUGUGUCCUUCGAGACAGCACAGCUGCUCUGGAGCUCAACGACCGCUAUGUGAAGGCUCUGCAAAGAAGAGCAAAGGCUUGUGAAGUAUUAAAGGAUUUGGAACAAGCAUUGGAAGACUUGACUGCUGUGUGCAUCAUAGAAUCAUUCCAAAAUCAGGCAACACUUGUCAAUGUAGACCGUGUGCUGAAAGAAUUAGGUCGUAUGCAUGCUAAGGAGGCCAUGGAAAAGCGCGAGCCCGUCAUGCCUUCAAAGCACUUCAUAAAGACUUUCUUCGAGUCUUUCGCAGAAGAUCCAAUCUUUAACUCGGUAGACAAAGAGAAGGAGGGAGAUGUAGAUGAGACAGAACAUCCUCCUGAGAAAAAUACUUCUAACAAUGGUUACUUGAAAGCAAGACAACAUUUGCAAGAAGCUAAUUAUGGAGAAAUUAUUGAAUGCUGUCAAAAUGAAUUAGCCAACCCUCUGACUCCACACAAAGUGGAGUCUCUGCUGUUGCGUGCCACACUGUACCAGCUGCGAGGGGAGAGCAAGCGGGCCAUGGACGACCUCACUGCCCUCAUCAGUAUUGAAGACAGCGAUCUCAAGAUGCUUGUAAAUGCCUUAGUGAAGCGUGGCUCAUUAUACAUGCAACAUGAAAAAGUAGAAGACAGUCUUCGAGACUUUGACCGUGCAGCUCUCCUUGACCCCACCAAUUCUGAUGUAUUCCAUCACAGAGGACAGAUACAUUUACUAAUAGGAAAGGUUGAUGCAGCCAUGUCAGAUUUCAAGAAGGCUGUCGACCUUAAUUCUAACUUCCCUAUUGCCUUUGUCCAACGCUGCUACACAGACUACAGGUAUGCGUAUCAGCUGGGAGACAAAGCAAAGGUGGAGGAAGUAAUGAAGAAGUUUGAAGAGGCAAUUAAGAACUUCCCAAAAUGUGUGGAGUGUUAUGUGCUGUAUGCUCAGGUGCUGUGUGAUCAGGGUGAACAUGAACGAGCAGAUAGCUUCUAUAUUAAAGCCUUGGAAGUAGAUCCUGAAAAUCCCACAACGCUGGUUCACCGAGCUCUACUCAUACUUCAGUGGAAGGGUGACCUAGCACAAGCCAGGUCGUAUAUCACACAAGCCCUUGAAAUUGAUGACAAAUGUGAGCUGGCAUACGAAAAUCUGGCUACCAUUGAAGUACAAACUGGGAACCUGAAGAGAGGUGUUGAACUGUUCGACAAAGCCAUUCCGUUGGCCAAGACAGAAAUGGAAAUGGCGCAUCUUUUCUCUCUCCGUGAUGCAGCAGUGGCCCAGUUGAAAAUUGUUGAGAAGAUGGGCAUUAACAUCCCUAACUUAGGCAGCUUGUAAUGAGACUAAUGGCAAUAUAUUUGCUCUACACGGGAAGCUGAGAGACUAAUCAUAGCAUGAAGAUGCUCGUGUUUUGAUGUGAUCAGUUACUGUAAGUGAAUGUAACCUGCUCUUUCAAACUUAUAUCAUUCAAGUCAAUCCUGAGGUGGACCAUUUAGUUUGUAUAGUAGAGUGCUCCAAGUGAAUAAAUGGGAAAAAUAGUCAAGUUAUGGAAUAAAUGUGUUACAGUAAAGCAUUGUCUCAUUACUGUAUUUUAGUAUUAUUGCAGAGAUGCCUCUGGAGGAAUGUCAUUCCUGCAGUGUAAAUAAUCUACUUUGUACGUUGAUAACUUUGGAAAUUGAUUAUAUUCAGACCAAACUUACAUGUAUAAUGUUGUACACAUCUAUGACUUUGCUCAUUUGUAUUAGUUAUUUAGUAUUCUGUAGCCUUAACAAUCAUAUUCAUACAGACACGUACAUGUUCUACAGUUAUAUGUGCACAUGCAGACAUGCUCUGGCGUGUGCUCUCACACACACGCACGCACACACUGAUGCAUAUAUAUAUACACAGUACAUUCAUACCAUUUUAAGGCUCCCAAGAAUGUGAGCUUCGGGGUUCCUGUUACCACAAAAUAGGAACAUGAUGUAAAUAAAAAGUUACCCUUAAUUUUUUUUUAUGUAAAUUGUGAUAGUGAAGGUGAGUGAAUAUUGUUGUUGUGGUUGUGUUACUAGAUGAUCCCAAAGAUUAUAUGAAGUAACUCCAUAAGGACACCACUUAAGGGGAUGAAAAUGAGACGUUCACUCUCCCAAGUGAACCUGGCAAUGUAAAACAGCUUAAAAUUAUUUGCCCUGGAA